AGUUAGGCCGGAGGAGGGGCCACGGAGAGGGAGGAGGAGGAAGAGGCAAGGGCCGGGCGGCGGCGGCGGCUGUAGGUUGUGAGACGGCGGCGGCUCUCCCUGGGGUGGACGAUGGACAGCCAGGGCAGGAAGGUGGUGGUGUGCGACAACGGAACCGGAUUUGUGAAGUGUGGAUAUGCAGGCUCUAACUUUCCAGAACACAUCUUCCCAGCUUUGGUUGGAAGACCUAUUAUCAGAUCAACCACCAAAGUGGGAAACAUUGAAAUCAAGAAUAACAAAAAGAUGGAUCUUAUGGUUGGUGAUGAGGCAAGUGAAUUACGAUCAAUGUUAGAAGUUAACUAUCCUAUGGAAAAUGGCAUUGUACGAAAUUGGGAUGACAUGAAACAUCUGUGGGAUUAUACCUUUGGACCAGAGAAACUUAACAUAGAUACCAGAAAUUGCAAAAUCUUACUCACAGAACCUCCUAUGAAUCCAACCAAAAACAGAGAGAAGAUUGUAGAGGUAAUGUUUGAAACUUACCAGUUCUCUGGUGUAUAUGUAGCCAUCCAGGCAGUUCUGACUUUGUAUGCUCAAGGUUUAUUGACUGGUGUAGUGGUGGAUUCUGGAGAUGGUGUAACUCACAUUUGCCCAGUGUAUGAAGGUUUUUCUCUCCCUCAUCUUACCAGGAGAUUGGAUAUUGCUGGGAGGGAUAUUACCAGAUAUCUUAUCAAGCUGCUUCUGUUGAGAGGAUACGCCUUCAACCAUUCUGCUGAUUUUGAAACAGUUCGCAUGAUUAAAGAAAAACUGUGUUAUGUGGGAUACAAUAUUGAGCAGGAGCAGAAACUGGCCUUAGAAACUACAGUAUUAGUUGAAUCUUAUACACUCCCAGAUGGACGCAUUAUUAAAGUUGGGGGAGAGAGAUUUGAAGCACCAGAAGCUUUAUUUCAGCCUCACUUGAUCAACGUUGAGGGAGUUGGUGUUGCUGAAUUGCUAUUUAACACAAUCCAGGCAGCUGACAUUGAUACCAGAUCUGAAUUCUAUAAGCACAUCGUGCUUUCUGGAGGGUCUACUAUGUAUCCUGGCCUGCCAUCAAGGUUGGAACGAGAACUGAAACAGCUUUACUUAGAACGAGUUUUAAAAGGAGAUGUGGAAAAACUUUCUAAAUUUAAGAUCCGAAUUGAAGACCCACCCCGCAGAAAGCACAUGGUCUUCCUGGGUGGCGCAGUUCUAGCAGAUAUCAUGAAAGACAAAGACAACUUUUGGAUGACCCGACAGGAGUACCAGGAAAAGGGUGUCCGUGUGCUGGAAAAACUUGGUGUGACUGUUCGAUAAACUCUAAGGCUUGUUCCAAUCACACCCCUAACGCUUUCUUUCUUCCUUUAUUGCCAAUCUUUGAACUCAUUCAACUCCAGGACGUGAAGAGGCCUCUUUGUGCCCUUUGACUGAAAAGGUCAAGUUUUAUUCUGGUACCUUGGGGAAGGUUUGUUGAUUUUUUUUUUUUUUUUUAAUGGGUAAAUCUGGCUGUUUAGUACAACCACUUCCCUGCGAACACAACCAGGGGGCAAAGGGUCCUGUCUGCUGCUUUGUUUCUUCUAAGUAGGCAUUUAUAUCACUCCUGUAGGCUUCCUAUUUUCACUUUACUGCUCUAAUGUUGCUAGUUUUAGUCUUUAGCACAGUAGGUGGUAUGCCUUUAUUAGCAUAAGAAAAACUUUAACAGGAGCUUUUACAUAUUACUGGGGUGGGGGGUGGUGAGGGACGGGUGGGCAGCCCUGAACCCUUUAGGGCUUUUUCUCUGUAGUGUGUCGCUUUCAACAGUUACUACUGCAGCUUUAAGUGCUUUAAAGCUUCUCCUAUUAACAUCCUCGGGAAAUGUUACGCUCAGAACUAAAACGUUUGGGGUGAUUUUCUGCCUGGUGGGGGGAAUGGGUAGACUUUUAAUUGUGAUUUUUUUUUUUAGGUUUUUUGCUUGGGGGUACAUAAAAUGAACUUUAUUUACAGUACUUUAAUUUGACAGUUUUUCUUCUUUUUGUCUGCCUGGAACUGUUUCCUUAUGAUAUUAAAAGCAAGUAUAGUAUUCUAUUACUAUGUGGCUUAGGGAUUUAUUUGUUUUGUUCUGUUUUAAAUCACCCAUGUUAUCUGGGACUAGACUUCCCGAAUCUAUCAGUGGAACAGUAACAUUUAAAAAUGUGUGUGUUAAUUCAAAUUACAGAUAAAAUAGUGCAUAAGAGCUGGUGUUUUCUAAAUGCUUGUUUAUUCCAGAAGCAUUAAGAUGACCCAGUGUCAAGUAUCAUUCUUGAAAUUUCCCUUAUAGAACUAACCAGUGCUUAUUUAAUAAAACAAGCAGAUACAUGUAAAUAAGUACUGGCAGUAGGUUACAAUUCUUGGUUAAAAAUAACAUUGGCAUAUGGGACUUGUUGCCAGUUGUAAUUUCAUUUGUUUUUUGUUUGAUUUGAGCCCUGGAAGUGGAGUAAAAUUUGACUAUUUAAAAUGUUGGCCAAAAAAAAAAAAAAAAAAUAAUAAUGAAGGUUUAAAUAUGUAUUUGUACUGAAAACUAAUAACUGCUAAUUCUCAGCCAUCUUGUAUGCUUGAAAGAAGAGGGGUUGGAAUGUCAUAAAUGUUAGCAGACUCUCCUGCAUGUGUCAGAAAAUCCUGUUUAUGAACCCUGUCAGUAUUGCUUGCUAUCUGAAAUAAUAUCAAAUCCAGGCAUGAGUUCUUUCUAAAUUUGAAAAACAAUGAGAAAUUGUAUCACUCUACAGAAUGGAUUUGAAAGAAAUGGCUUAAUUUUUUGAUGACUGAAAUCAGAAAACUUGGCUUGAGGGUCUCUUUUUUGUGAGAAAACUUAAAAAUUGGUGAAUUAAGCAACAAAAGGAGGUUAGUCUUAAUUAUGCCGCUUCUGUUAAUAUUAAGUAUUGUUCUCUGUUUUACCUCAAUUUGAACAAAUAUGUUUGUGUGCAUGCUGGACAUGCUUCAGUACACAUGAAUAGCCCGUGAGGAAUGUCUACUAGAUUUGGGGAUGUGGCUUUCAGAGUGACUUUGGAAUUUUCAAGUAUUCCUAAAUAUGUUUUUUAGAAAUACUCCAACCUUUUGAGUCCUGGACUUACUAAAGGACACACGUACUGUAUGUAGGAACAGUAGAACCUACUGACUGGUUAAUUCAGAUAAAUGGAUUGACUCUUGACUCUCGGUCAGGAUUUUAAAAUGCGGGGGUAGAAAACAACAAAGAACGGGAUGAAUUCUUAAAUAACGAAAGAGCAUUCAUCAUUUGUCCCUUGAAUGUAGAAUUUGUUUUUAUUUCAUAAUUCUGCUAGCAAACAUUACAGUUAAAAUGCUGUAUUUAUAUAUAUGUGUGCGUUUGCGUGUAUAUAUACACAUAUAUACAUACAUAUACAUACAUAAAAUAAGAAAUUCCAUUUUAUAAUUUUCCUAUCUUAUUAAAAUAAUGCAUUUAAUAAUUUGGAAGUUGGGAGGUAUUUUGUUCAAUUGGAGUUGUCAGGUUUGAAUCCCUCAGAAUUUUUUUUUAAUUGUUUUAAAAGAAAUAUGAUUUAGCUCUUCAGACCCAUGGUCACUGAGAUUUCCAGUGAUAGUUAAGUUCUUUUAUUUUUAAAUUAGAAUUGCCAAUGCCUUGAAGAAAAGGUUUCUUAGAAAACAUGGUAUUGGAUGUUAACUUUACACAGUUCUGAGCACUGUCUGGGAAAUAUUUUGAAAGAUAAAUGGAAAGCUAAAAUUCUAAAUUUAACAUAAAGACUUCUUUUUGAUUCAGAAAAUAAAAUGAGAUUUUUUCAAAGUAAA